UUCGUAACAUGAGAAAUAAUAUAAGGUUUUAUGGAUAAAAGAGUAAAAGGAACAAGGACAAAAGGGCGAAAUUCCUAUAGGAUCCUCACAUCCCACUUUCAUAUCAUAUAAAGUACAAAUAUUUGAAAGCACAUUUGUCGUCCAUAAGCAUUUUAGUGCAAAAUUCCUCAAACUUUACAAUGACUAUAGUAAUUCUAACUCUUUUGCUUUUACGUCUUCUGAAAUAACUGUCCACAACCUGUUAUGUCAGGUAAAUGCACAGAAAACUCUUACUCGCUCCUUCCAGAUUCAGUUAGAGAUAAUAUAAGUGACACUGAAACAAGUAAUACACUUUUGCUAGUCAAGUUGACCAGGAGCUCUUUACUCCUCUUCGCUUUCCUAAGGGGGAGGACCCUGCCAUUGUUGAUAUUGUGCAAAACAUCAUUCCAUUGCAGGAAAGUGGGAGUCUAAAGUCAGCACAACUGAGGUGCUUGGAGGAUACAAAUGCAUCAUUGCAAUGAAGUUAGGCAGCAGAUGGUGCCACCGCAUAUUCCCUAUCCAAGCCACUUGCAGGUUAGAUGAGAAGGUGGUACACUCUAUCGUGUCAAAGCUAGUCAAUCAGUUUCUGAAAGAUAAAAAGAACAAAGUUGCGCAGCCAGUAAAGUUUGCAGUUGGGUACAAUAGAAGAGGAAUUGAGGAAACUCAGACGAAGGAUGUGAGAGUAACUCCAAAUGGUUCCAAAAUAUCUGUUCUCUUAGACCGUGGCAAAUGUUUUAGCAUUGUGGCAGCUGCUGUUAAAGAUGGUGUUCCAGAUUCACUUGUAGAUCUGAAAUGCUGUGAGCUUGCUGUGCUGCUUGAGGUUCUGCCACACUCUGGGAUUCCUAAUGAGUGUGGUGGUUGGUGUGUCAGUUCUUCCACAAAUGCUUGUUAGUUCAAAACCACGUCUGUGUCUCAGGGCAUUGGUAAAAGGAUGCUAAGUCCAACACUGGGAAUAGAGGUCAAUGAUGAUAACCUUGCUUGUGAUGAUAAUCUCCACAAGCAAAGCUGAAGUGAGCAUUCUGUGUUACUCAGAAAGAUGGUGAUGUGGUUUGCUACUGCAGAAAUUAAUGCCAUGAUGAAUCAAAAUGUAUAGCUACUUGAAGAUGGAUAGUGCAAACUCCAGCAACUCAAGCUUCCCUGUAAACAGACCAUCCCACAGAAACAGAAAAGAGAGUAGCUCUUUUCUUACUAAUUGCUCUCAACUGGAAACUCCUGGUGGUUAAACUUGGAUAUAAUCAGGAUGCUCUAAUAUAGCUAACUGUUGCGAGCUAUGAUAGAAGAAUUGAAAAAUUAAAAAGUAAUCAGCAUCACUUGCUC